AUGUGGGAGCAUAUUACUCACACAGAAGCUUUUGUUGAAGGGAAUUCAUCUUCUAUUCGAGAAUUGGAAGCACAAUUAAGACAACUUGCUUCGAAUUUGAAUACUCGGCCACCAGGCACACUACCUAGUGACACGAAAAAUCCCAAUUUGAGGGGGAAAUACCACUGUAAGGCUAUUACUCUUAGGAGUGGUAAACAAACUGGUGAACCGACUAUAGACUCUACUGUAGCACCUCAAGAUGCUAGUAAAGUGAUCCCUGGUGAGGAGGUUGAAUCUGAAGAGCUUGUCAAUGUACCAGAUAAAGAAGUUCCACAAAUUUUCACUCAUAUGCCUAAUGAACUCUUGUCCAAGAAGAAGAAGCUUAGUGAUAUUGAAACUAUUGCACACACAGAAGGCUAUAGUGUUAUUUUGACAAAUAAGUUGUCCCUCAAAAUGAAAGAUCCUAGGAGCUUUACUAUCCCAUGUUCAAUUGGCAACCAUUAUUUGGGCAGGGAUUUAUGUGACUUGGGAGCUAGCAUCAACCUAAUGCCACUAUCUACUUUCAAAAAGUUGGGAAUUAGUCACAUAAAACCUACUACAGUGACAGUGCAAUUAGCAGAUCGAUCCUUGGCUCAACCUAAAGGGAAAAUCAAAGACAUCUUAGUUCGUGUGGAUAAAUUCAUUUUUCUGGCUGAUUUUAUCAUACUUGAUUGUAAGGUAGACAAGGAGGUUCCCAUAAUCUUGAGACGACUAUUUUUAUCCACAGGACAAACUCUUAUUGAUGUUACAUAG